AUGCAGCAGCCCCUCGAGCCCCCCGGGCAACAGCCCCCGGGCUACGGCAAGUGUAGCCCGGUGGCCAGCGACGCCGGGAAAGCCGCCGGGUGCAGCGCAGGCAGCGGAGGGAAUAUCGGGAAGGGACCAGUGAUCUGCAGCACCGUGGGCGGGAAUCCCUACGCGGGGCUGGUGAACCACCUGCGGGCAGCCUGGCUCUCGGGGAAGACACGACCCAUGGAGUACCGGGUGGCCCAACUGGAAGCCCUGGGACGUUUCUUGGAUGAGAAGAAGCAGGAGAUCCUGGAGGCCACUGCCUUGGACAUGGGCAAGCCAUCCUUUGAAGCUUACUUCACUGAGAUCCUCCUCUGCAAGAACGAGCUCAACGACACCCUGAACAACCUGUCCCACUGGAUGAAGGAUGAGCACGUGGACAAGAACCUGGUGACACAGCUGGACUCGGCCUUCAUCCGCAAGGACCCCUACGGGGUGGUGCUCAUCAUCGCGCCCUGGAACUACCCCAUCCACCUCUUCCUAGUGCCCCUCAUCGGGGCCAUCGCUGCCGGUAACUGUGUCGUUGUCAAACCCUCGGAGACGACAAAACACACUGAGAGACUUGUUGCUGAAAUGCUGAGCUGCUACCUGGAUAAUGACUGCUUUGCGGUGGUGACCGCCGGCGUGCAGGAGACCACCAGGCUGCUGGAGAACAAAUUUGACUACAUCUUCUUCACCGGCAGCCCUUCCGUGGGGAGGAUCAUCAUGACGGCGGCUGCCAAGCACCUCACGCCGGUGACGCUGGAGUUGGGGGGCAAGAACCCCUGCUACGUCUCCGACGUCUGUGACGUGCAGAACGUGGCCCGGCGGGUGGCCUGGGGACGCUUCUUCAACGCGGGACAGACCUGCAUCGCCCCCGACUACAUCCUCUGCAGCGUGGAGAUGCAGGAGAAGCUGAUGCCCGCCCUGCGUGAGGCCAUCACUGAGUUUUUUGGCUCCAACCCUCGGGAAUCCCCUGAUUUUGGCCGCAUCGUGGGGGACAAGCAAAGCUGA